AAAUUCUAUUAAUUGGGAACCACCUUCCUCCCGGAAAAUCAGUUUCCUUGUAAAGCAAGUGUACAUCAAUAUCCACGAAAGAGUAAACCAAUAAUCAUCAAAUCGAAAAAAAGAACGCAAACUGCAUCGCACCACGAUAUAAACAAACCAUCACAUCGCACAUGCUUUCGCUCUGUUUCACUUUCCCGGGAGAGCAUUUCCCUCUCCCUUCGUCUCUCCUCUCACCGUAACCACUUCCUCCUGCAGUCACAUGGUUUUUCCAACAUCCCAAGUACACUUCCACUUGACGCUGGAAAAUGGGCGUGAGUUCCCCCCCUCUGCCACUCAUUUUCCAGCAGCUCUCACUCUCUUGCUCACAAAAUUUGCGAGCGAGAGAGAGAGAGGGAGAGAAGGUGAGUUCCUUCGAGUUCGGACCGGCAGAGGCAGCUUCCGCCAGCCGAUUCCGGAUUCGUUCAGUCGAUUGUCGUCGGCCGAGCUGGAAAAACGUUUGCCUCCCUCUGGGAAGAUCUCCACGCCGUUACACGGACCAGUUUUAGCAAAAAAGCCAAAAGCUUAAAGCUUGCUUCUUCUUUUCCACCACAAACGUCUGCGAAAUAUCGCGACCCGCGCGCGUGCAAUUUGAGGUUAAGUCAGCUGUCAGCUUUAAGCGAAUCGCAGCGCGCUCGUGGAUUAUCGGCCGGAAGGAUUAACAGCCGUCUGCUCUCUUCUACUGCGUUGUUGUUGUCCUAACUCCGAGAGGUUAAGGUGCAAGUGAACGGUUACAUCAGCUUGUUGUUUUGUGGUGCGCUUAAGGCGAAACAUAACCGCACUCUUUCGAAGAAGAAAAAGAAAAGAGCGAAGAAGUUCAGUGUCUCAAGUUUUGAGUCGGUGAUUAUCACAAGGUUGUGGGGGAGUAAAAAAAGAAGGUGUAAUUAGUUGUUCACCCCUUUUCCGGUGACAGCAAACGAAACCUGCAAGUGACAAAGAGGCGUUGCCUUUGGGUGAUAAGUUGGUGUUGGCUUGGUCUGUUGAAAGAAAAAAAAACGGAAGAUAUUUUCGCAGAUCCUGUGUGGAUAAUCGGAAGAAAAUUACGGUUGGCACAGAUCUCAGUGCAGGUGUAACCGAAAGGAAUUGAGAGUAUCCCACACGAACAUCGGCACGAGGGAAGGCGCGGAGCGCGGUCAGGUUGAAACUCAAAUUAGUGCCAUUCCAUUUUUGCGAGUGAAAAAAGCAACGAAUUGAAAUGAAUCUCGACUGAGUAUGUGCGAGGGGUACGCCACUGUUGCGAGACGAGGGGUUGCGCGUUUUCAUUAGUGAGAUUGGUGAUCGAAAAUUGAAGUGUAUUGUUGUGCUGGCUUCAUAGCUGUUGGCUAUUGAAAGUGUGAAACAUCCAUAGGAGCAGCCAAUGAGGUGCGAAUGAUACACGCGCUCGGAUGAGUUUGACAGCUCGGGCAGUGUUGGAAGCUGUUGAGUUCUAGCCGAAGGCUGUACCGCGGAGACGGCGGAAACGACAACGACGUAGCUGUCACCUUGCAGCUGGCAACGGUGCGGUAGCCGAGCCUCCACAAAGCUUUUCAGUAUAGGCACUCUUGCCCACACCAGAUAGUUGAAUGAGUAACAGCGCCAUGGUUGCGGUGGCCAUCUGCUGUAUUCUGGUACUGCUGGCAGUAUUCAUCGUGCUGAUCAUAGUAGUCGGCCAAACGAUGGGCGAACCGAAGUGAGAUAAGCUCCAACUGGGGCCAGGUCACUUCGCCGAUGGAUAGCCAAGGCCCCCCGGCUGUUAGAAUUUGGAUGAAAUUUGUUCCACAACCUCGUUAGCCGCGGGUAGCGUCGACUCAGGACGACGGCCAGCUGACCGGAAGACCGUCACCACCACCAACUCCACAACAUCGUUGACCCUCCGGUCCCUCUACCACUCCCACGGUCAGCUGACGUCCUGAUGAUCCAGUCAAGAAGAUCCCAACCAGUAGACAUAACGUCGCGUAACGCUCCGUAACGCCGAAACGUCAAACAUCACGGUAGAGAAGAGAUCCCCCUCACACACAAAGGUUACGAAGCGGAAACUGUACGCUGUACGCACGGUCGUACUCUCCCUUUCUGGCAACACUGUCCCUACUUCAAUGCUCGCUUCACUCCUGCACUUCUUGUUGGCAACACUGCUCUGCAAACCUAAUCUGACAGCCUACUCCGAUCAUCCUUAAUCCUUCUCCUCCUCUAUCUCUCGCACGCACAAGCUCUGACACACGACGCUUGACACCGCACAACACCACCACGGUAAACUAAACAAAAGAAAACAACAACAACAACUUUACCGGCAAAACAAACAAACAAACAAAAAAACGCAGAUGGAAUAAAAUCUUUCUCAUCAAUUCUACACAGCCAGUAGGGGGCUUGCACACGAAACACACAGAACACACACUCUUUCACGGCGAAGAACACGGCAAACAAACAAAACAAAAGUUAGGGUUAGUGAAUAAAAGGUAGGAAUCGGUUGAACAAUUUUAGAAACUAACAAAACGAAGCAUACGUUUAUCUAGGAGAAAAAAAUAAAUAAAAGAAAACAUAUCGAGAAAGCAAGAAAUUGUAAAAUUACACAGAUGUUUAGACUAGACUAAGACGCUAAGACUAAUGAUGACAGUUCUUUUGUUGUGUCGGAACGGUAAAGCAACUUUCAUCAUGUGAAGAGUACGGCAAUUUUGCCACCAAUUAUAGUAUCGAAAACGGACGUGUGUGUGUGACAAGUGUAGUUGUUGAUGUUGUUGUUAGGAAGUUACACAAAAUGGCGGCGCCUGACUUAGUUUCAAAGUAGCGAAAGUGUUAAUUGUGUGAAUGGCGCGAAAUGUUAGUGAGGGUUGACAGGGGGUUUGUUUUUGUUGUGAAGGCGCGUGCACAGUUGAAAUGUGCCAAACAGUGACGUUUUAUAGAGUAUAUCAACAAAUUGUAGGAAUUGGCGCGGUUGGGUUUUAAACUGUAGGAGUGAGUUGGUAGGUUAACAAACAAUUCAAUAUGGGCGUUUACGGUAGAGUAGUUAAGUGAGGGGAAGGGGGAUGUAGGGCAAAUAAGACAGAUUGGCAGCACUGCCGUUUGACAGUUGCUCCAUAGACGUGUAUUUAAAAGAAAUUUUCGAAGAAAAAAAAAUUCUAAGAGCUGUCAAACUUUUUAAACAGUGUUGCCAGGUUUAUGUCCACUAAUGAUGAAACUUCCAAAUUAAGCUCCCAAGUAUUUGGAAGACUCUGAACUGCAUCUUCGAAAACAGCCAAACAAGUGCACUAGUGCCGCACAUAAUUAAGCGCCUUUGCGAUGCACAUUCCCACCCCAACUUCAGUACCUUGGUCGCCAUCGUAAGUUUCGCACAAAAAACUUUCACUAAUUAAUGCAAGCACGGACCGGUUCGGCGCGAUAUCGAUGUGCUCCGUCAACCUUGGCCUCUUUUUCACUUCGUUCGUUCACAGAAACUUGAGCCCCAAUCGAGGGACCCGCCUCUCGGCUAUUCCCACCCUUGAAACUUGAGAUCACUUCAACUAAAAGGAAAUGCUAUCAUUAUAAUCAUUAUUACGCUGAAAUUUGCAGACUUUCCAGGUAGUGUCGACUUGCACAACCCGGUGCCUCUUCAUUUUCGAGAGGAUAAGGAAGAAAAGAAUACGCCCCCUCAUCUUGCACCCUUCCGCGCUGGAAACGCCCUCCCCAACCGUCAUUAUUAUUAUAUUCCAUUAAACAUCACAACAAUGAGGAGCUUCUUCCUGUCCUCAUUCACGGCGGGUGGCAACGCCGCCGUUGGAUUAUCUCAAAUUCGUGAGGUAAACUCGUCGCCAGAGGGCGCUUUCAUGUGGUUUCCCACCCUUUCUCUAGCGACCCUGGUCUUGCAUAGUUUUCGCCGCUCAGAAAUGGGAUCAUUUUUAAUUAAGCAGCUUCACGGCGUCGCCGUCGUCUUCCUUCCUGUCAGCUCUAUUCAAACCGGGUAGAGAGGGUGGACAAAAAAAGUGCAGAAUGCUUCAAAUUUGAUCGGCCACGGGAAAGUUGGCCGACCGAUGAGCCCUCUACCGAUAAUGAGCAACCAUUUUUUUAGGGUAGAUGGUAUCGUGAAUUUGCGGUUAGAAUGUCAUUACAGUGGAAAAACGGGUUAGCUUUGACGCUUUAUAGCUGACAACACUGCAACGUUUGUUAGUAAACAAACAUCGAAUUGUCAAAACGGUGCACGCUAAAGUUGGAGUGCCCAACUUGGAGUCGUUUUCGACCAAGAAAUGCUUCCAUCACAGAAGUGCUAUCAACUUCCACAAAACUUUGCAUAAUUUAAAGCGCCUCUAAGCUUUAAUAAAACAAUUGUUCUGCACAACCCCUCUCGGCAAAAUCAGGUCAACAUCAGCGUCAGAAUAUAUAAAUUUAGAUCAAAGUCAGUUCACGGUCCCUCGGCGUGACCCCUUGCCAGUUCUUCAACUCGUCACGGAGGCAGCUUGAAGCCAGCUUGGAAACGGGCGGAUUCGUCAUGAUUUGGUCUGUUUGAUGAUGAGAAGUCUCUUGUACCCAGUUCCCAGCUGCCAGUCACAGUGAAAUGAACUGACUGCACGUUACCUCUGCUAGCUUGGCACACAUAGCGGCAUGUCUCUGUCAUUGAAUGGAAAAAGCACUCUCUAAAAUCAAAUCUUCCCGCACCGUCGUCGUCGUCGUCCCGGUUCUUCUAUACCGGAACAUUCCCCCCUCGACUUGACAACUUGGGCACGUUCGUCUUUCCUGGAAUCUUGCUUCCCUUUUUUGUCGACCGCCAUGUUUUCACAGUUUGACAGUUUCAUAUAUUGCACCUUUCGAACGACGCCAUCUAGGUAGGCGGCGGCGGCGUAGCCGCCGAUGAUCAGCUUGUCAUGUACACACACACACAAUGUCGUACAAGCUUGACUCUGAUGAAAAAUGAAUUUCUAUGUUGGUCUCAGUAUGUCGGGAGCUUCUUGUCAAACAGUGAAACUUCAUUGACGAAGCGUGUUAUUGGUUUUCGCUGUAGUGAAAUCUGUCAAAACUGACAAUCUUCAACUGUCAAAAAACUCGACUUCGCAAACCUCUUUUAAAGUGCAGUUGCGCUUUGUCGACAAAAGAGUUCCGGAACUCGCCUUUUUUCCCGCACUCCAAGUACGGCGAAAGCGGCCGGAAGUGCGCCAUUUUUUUCUGCCUCCUCCUCCACCUCAAUUUUAUAAGGCCCAAGUAGUUUGGCCUAGUUCCACGCGGAUGCGAAACUGCUUUUUUCUCUGGUUUAUAGCGAGGCAGAGGCUGCGCGCACAAUUGACAGUUCGCGAAGCGAACGUAACGCCCACAAUGGAUGCUGGCAGCGCUAUCUGCCACUGCUGAAUAACUUUCAGAGUGUACAUUUUUUUUCGUACCCACUUCCGGUUGGGUUGUCUCGGGUACUCGGCACCUAAUUCGCGCUGUCGGUGGUACUAAAUACGUCUAAUGUAAACAAAGGAUUGUGCAACAUAGACAAGUUUGAAGACACCAUUUGGCUUGCAAAUUUAGCUUAACGGUGGUGGAAAUCUGGCAACAAGAUCUGCAAAACGUCAGAUCGGAAAAAAAACACUCAGUUUCUGUCAAAAUCGAACCUCCUCAGAAAUUAGUAAAUGUGACAUCUGUCAGAUUUGAGUAAAUUUCAUUCAAUUCUGAGUGAAAUUAACUGAAAUUUGACAGAUGUCCCAUUUACUGAAUUCUGAGAAGGAUCGGUUUUAACGAAAACUGAGUAAGCAAAAAAUGGCACCACUGCUGUCAAAAUGGCAGGAACGAAGGGCUUGUUUGAUACUCAAUCUUGAACACAAGUCUAUGGAGCCACUCUCAAAUGGGUAAAAAGGAUCAAAUGCAUGACGGCCAUCAAACGGGGGCUUUUGCAAAUGUGUAUGCUCGGAAAACGAUGACGGCAGAACAAAAGAGCUGCAAAACUAUUACAAAGUACUUACAAAGAGGGGGUAGUGCGGAAGGGCAAUGCAGUUAAGGUUGAGGUAGGGCGACACACACACACAUACAGCGAGAGAGAGAGAGAAAAGGUUACGAGAUGUGUGUAAUGAUAGUUAACGUUUUGAGAUAAUAUAUGUUGUUCCCCGUAUUAUACAGACACACACACAGACACAAACAGCAAAACACACUAAAGCAGAAACAGGCAGAUGACAGAUAAAGACGCGCAAAGGAGCUGGAGAGUGAGUGGAAGCAUGUUCUGGAAACAUUUUACAACAGUUCAGGGACACGGCAAAGUGCAACCACUUUCCGGAUCCGACGUGCACUCAUACACACACAACAAGAUCAGAAUAACAGAAGGAAAAUUACAAUAAAUUUACUGUUGAAUAUAUAUUUACAAAUUUACAGAAGAGAUUUAAAUCAGAUACCAGAUGUGUUGUUGUUUGAGGAUAUUUUAAACUGAGGUGUUGUUCAAAUCCGGGGAAAGAACAACAAAACAAAAAAACCGACUGAAGAAAUGCAACAAAAGUACUUAGAUAAACAUCGUUAUUGUUAGCGCAAACAAAUACCCUCAACAUUUAAGAGAAAAGAAAACAUAUACUUCACAUAUAGAGAGAGAGAGUGUUAGCUAAGUCGUUGAUUAGAUUUUACAAUUUUUCAACUAAAACACACACACACACACAAUCCGGGACAUGAACCUCCACCUAAUCAACCGUGUAAAAGUGUUUGCUCAAACCUAACCUCCAAACAACUUCCUUGUGUAUUCCCUCUGUAGGGUGUUUAUCUAUAUAUACCGUAGCGCACUUGAAUGUUUAGCAACAGUCUCUUGCUCAGUAGUGAGUUCAAAUUGUGAGAACAACAAAAAACACUUUUCCUUUUUUCAAACUAUCGAAAUCUAACCUAUAAGUGUGCGUGUACUUAGUGACCGUCCACGGUGUGAUCAGCUUGUACAUAUAAACACUGUGGCAAAUCGAAACCGGGCAAAGAUAACAGUUCUAAAGGUAGCUUUCCCAGACCUUGGACUCAAGUAGGUUGGGGUCGAAAACUCUUGUAAUCAAGCAGUAGCUUUGUGUGUGUACCAGAUAUGAUAAGGUUUUCAUUAAGUUGACACUUUGAAAUCAAUAAUGAACUGUCCUACCCCUCAACUGUCAAAAUGACAAAAAAACAACAUCAAAACAAAGCUAUUCAGUAAUUUGGAUAAAUUUUACUCACUUCCGAGUAGUUCAAAUUCUAACGAAAACUGACUAAUAUCAGAUGAGCGUGCAAUGCCAUUUUGACAACUCUGAACGAGGGGUGCGACACAUUCAUUUAAAACAAACUUUUCGGACGCUCACGUUACGGCAACAUGUAACCAGUUAAAAAGACGUUCCCGAAACCACUAAACAAGCAUGUCACGCCAUAACUCAAUAAAUGCUGAAUUUAUUACCUGACCACUUAUCCAAAGCCGACGACCUGAAUCCCGAAAGCAUGGUCCGGCGCACAAAUUUAUCACCCAUUCCAAGCCCCCCACACAAAUGUCCGUAAACCACACGAUCCGACAAUUUCCGAGAGCAUUACCACACUCCAGAACUCUCAGAACUACCCACAAAUCAACAACAACGACGGUGCACCCAAAAACACAUGUUCCACGUCACGUGCCGACGAGGGGCCAACCGAUUCAUACAUAACCUCAACCUCAGACACACACACACACACACGAGGGGCCAUAAGGACAUGUCAAAACCAUUGCCAUUCGGGGGCCGUCCCAAGAUCUUCCCCAUAAAUCACCGCCGCCGGAGCGGGCCGCCUAACGACCAUUAGAAAUUAAAUUAUUACACGCUUCUCGGGGUUCGGGUUGGGAUCUUUGUUGGUCUUGUUUUGAUCCCGGCUGAGGAACAAAAAAGAAACAUGGCGCCGCUCCAACUGCAAUUUAACUUCACUUGCGACGCAAGUGGGACGUAAUUUAUUGACCAACCCCCCCUUUACCUAACCUCAAAUUCCACCUCCUCAAAAUUUGCUGAUUUUUGACAGCUGAGCGCAAAGCGCGCAGUGGUGCCAACUUUCUUCGCGAAGGCGAGUAAUUAAUAAAUGUCCCGAUAAGACGCGGUCACGUUCUUGUCUUGUCAUGUUGGUGGGAGAGUACAGUCCGGGAAGGCGAUAUAUUUUCCGUCGAGUUGAAAACGCAGAAAACAACUUUCCGGCGCAGCCGGACAGUUGAUUUUGCGGCCGCUACGUGACGCUGCGAGUGUAGGAUCCAUCGGAUGACAGCAAAACGAUAACAACAAUAAGUCCGCUUACACGUCCGCAUUGUUCUUGUUCGCGUGUGUUUGUGUGCUCAACCAUCGUAAAACGAUACAAACUUAUCGUUUCGUAAAUAACCGGACCGUUAAAUCAAACAAACUCAACCGGAAUGGAAGUGUAAA